AUGGAGACUUUCAAAUCCCUUUUCGCAAAGCCAGAUCCCCAGGCGCAGAUGCGAAAAUGUAAUCAGCUGAUCCGUUCCAACGUCCGAAAGCUCGAUCGCGAUAUCGCUCAGCUCAAGCAAGUCGAGAUCAAGACCAAGAAUUUAAUCAUUCAAGCGGAUAAGCGUGCUCAGCGAGACCCCUCAAGGUCCAAGCAGGCGCAGCAGGAGGUUCGAACUUUUGCGGGCGAGCUUGUGCGCACGCGGAAGGCGUCGCAGCGGCUGGUUACGACAAAGGCGACGCUCAACUCGGUACAGAUGCAGGUCAGCGAGGCCUUUGCCGUCCGCAAGAUUGAGGGAUCCAUCCGAGCCAGUGUUGGCAUCUUGAAGGAUGUCAAUUCACUCAUCCGAUUGCCCGUGCUAUCUGAAACGAUGCGCGAGCUGAGCGUCGAGUUGAUGAAGGCGGGCAUCAUCGAGGAGAUGAUUGACGAAACGCUGCCCGAGGACAUGGAGCUAGAGGACGAAGAGGGCGAGGGCGAGAUUGAAAAGGUCUUGGGAGAGGUCCUCAAGGAGAAGAAAGAGCCUGCUCUACCCACCACACCGCUCCCCGAACCGGAGAAGCCGGUUGCGGAGGAAGAGGAGGACGAGGAGGACGCCGAGGCAAUGAUGGACCAAAUGAGAAAUCGAUUAGAUGCUUUGCGCAGCUAG